CGCACGGCCGUAGUACUCAAAGGGCAACUUCUGGACAGACAGCUCGUAGUUAUCGGUCCAACACGAGGGUCGGCACUCAACCGCACACUUCAUUUGGACCUUUUUGUCCCAACAUACACGCUCAGAGAGUUGCCGGUCAGCGGCCGGUUAUCCGUACACGACAACACGGAAAUCGGUAACUCCCUGUCCAACAGCUACGUACUGGAGCCCGGAUACUACUACCAGUUCUACAUCAACCGGAAAUCGACAAAAAUGCUGCGAACGCCAUACGCGACCGAUUGUGUCGAUUAUAUGGCUAUUGGCGAAACACUGGCGAACCAAACCCAGGAUUUUGCAUCCAUUGCUUUAUCGCGAAAGGUCCAAAUGAAGUGUGCGGUUGAGUGCCGACCCUCGUGUUGGACCGAUAACUACGAGCUGUCUGUCCAGAAGUUGCCCUUUGAGUACUACGGCCCAACCCUAGUACUAUGCGAAGGGGCAGUGGUACAGCGCCGUAGCCUUUUAUUGGCCGGUGGCGGUUUAUUGGCCGGUGGCCUAAUAGGUGGUGCCGUAGCAAACGGCGCUAUACAUGCCGGUGCCGCUGCGGUACAUGAAGUUAGCGCUGACAAUCAUGGAGGUGCCAAUGGUAGCGCUCACUGUGAUACCGGUGCUACUGGUAUUGCCGGUAUCGGUAGUGCCAUCGGUGAUGGUAUCGGCAGUGGUAUCGGUGCCGGUGUGAGUAAACUGACGGGUGGUGUGACAGAUGUUUUAGACGGCAAGGAAAGUUUGAUUGACCAAGGUGUUAAUUUUGUUGCUGGAGGUGGGAUCAGUGGUGCUAUCGGUACUGCCGUGGGUAGUGGUGUCGGCGCCGGAUUGAGGGAAACGAUGGGUGGCGUGAAGGGUGCGUUAGGCGGUGAGGACACUAUGUUAGGCAAAGCUACCGGUGCUGUU